AUGGUGGAGUUCCUCUCUGCUCGUCCGCCCACACCUCCAAGGACAGCUCCGCGCGCCGUGAUCGAUGAGAACCAGAUCGCAUCGCCAUUGACCGUGUCGACGCCGAAAGCCUCGCCAUUCACAUCAUUAGAAACAGGCCCAGAGACCUCAAGUCGCAGCUCAAAGCGUGUCAAUUUCUCACCAUGGCCCAAAUACAUCAAACCACCCACUUUUGCUAGCGCCUCACAACCAGCCAGCGACAUCAAGAAUAUCCCUUCCACAGACUCAAAGCCCGCGAAAUCCAUCCUCAAAACCUCACAACUGCCCAUCCCGGUCUGGUCCCCUAAUGUCGAUACAUUCACCGCCGAAUCACUCGCCAUGCUGCUCGAAUCGGUCAUUCAACAGUUGGCCGGCGAGUCAACAACUUCGCGGCUUGACGCCUACAUGCAGUUCUUCAGUGCGCUCCGAACCUACGACGGGAUACCAGCGGGUCAGGAAGUUGGCGACAAGUUGAACCUCAUAACCGAUUUUAUCGAGCGAGACGUAAACCGAGACCUCACGAAUGCCGAAAUUCAGGACACCAAUCUUGCCAACCAGGCUUUGAAAUUAACAGCGGCAUUUAUCUGGCACCCCCAGAUCUCUACGAAAAUACCCGACGAUUUUAAGACAUUUGUGGUCGACCAUUCGAUCACUACUCUUCACGAGUCCAAGGCCCCCAAAUCCGUUCUGACGCAUUACAUGUCCAUAAUAUCUACACAAAACUUCUCCCCCAAAAUCAUGACCCAUGCCCGGGUCACCCGUCUAUUGACUGUGCUGCAGCACAUCAGCACUCGCAUAUCUGGCAACGGUAUCAUUUCCCAUCGACUUAACGCAUAUCAACGCCUGUGGGCGCAAGCGAGACCAGUUUUUCUCUCCCAGCCCGGUUUGUGGAUUGAGAACCUGUUCCGUGGGAUGCUGCAUCAUGUCAAGGACACUCGGGACAAAGCAAUCACUUUUGGCUUUCGGAUUGCGGCCGAGGUAGGCCCGAAUGCGGCCAUUUCGAAGAGCGUCCGCGAGUUCUUCGAUCACCCACUUGAACAUGAUCGAAAGAUUGUAGCGGAGAUCCGUGAGCGCAUGACUCGAAUGAUGACCUACACCGAGAGCGGCGUACAUGUUCCCCAAAUAUGGAGUGUCACUAUCCUUCUCCUGAGAAACAAAAGAUGGAACUUGGAACAUUGGCAUCAUUAUAAGGAGUGGCUCCUCGUGCUCCAAAAAUGUUUCAACUGCAGUGAGCCACUCAUUAAGGCCCAGGCAAUCAUUGGGUGGAAUCGAUUCGUCUCGGUUGUUGGACCCGAGGAAUGCACGAGCCGCUCGCUACUCAAGAUGCUGGGGAAACCAGUACUUUCACAAUUCGACCGCAGGAAAUCGGACAAGUUGGGCCAACCGCCAAGUCAACUCGCCCUGAACAGCUACCACACCCUGUUGUACUACACUUUCAGGCCUUCGGCGACUUACCAACAUCUGGACUUCAUAUGGGAAGAGUAUGUCCUGAAUCCAUCCUCGGGCAUCUUUUCAUCGGCACCGGUCCUCAGCGACUGCCUCUCGCGCGUAGUCUCGAGCUUGCUCUGGAGCACGCAAGCCAAAAUCUGGACUGAGGGUCGGAUUGACGAUCCCAACAAGAUGGACGCUGAUGAACUUCCAUCGGCGGAUAGUAAAUGGGUCCGAUCAAGAUGUCAUUCUAUCCUGAAGGUUUUCGAGAACAUGUUCAAAACCUCGGUUUGGAUCGAUGGUGCAGUGGCUACAUCCAACGUGGCACUGGCCUGGAGAAAUCUGUGCAAUGCAUUAUCAUUGGCAUCCAGCAAAGAAAUUACAUCCUCUGGGGAAUCAAUGCAGGCCGUUGCCGGAAUUCUCGGCUUACUGCAUCGCCUUUGGCUUGUCGGCCCUUCUUCACUCAAUGCCAACAAUUCGGAUACCUUCCUGGAAAGGUUCCAAUACCUAUCCACCACCAUGACUGCAUCGAUUGGAGGGAUUCCAGUCACUGAAAAACUCUUCAUGAAAUAUGCGGAUGAAACAUCCGCCACUCCUAGUGAUCCAACAAAUCGCGCCCGACAGCCAGGCACAAGCCCCGAAAGCCCCCUUCUGCAUCUCAUUCGAUCCAUUAGCAGCGCUGGGGGUUGUAUAUCGCCAAGUGAAUCUUACAAAAGUCUGGUAAUGAGCACAAUUGAGGCGGCCUGCAAGAGCAAAUCCUUCAGGGGUUCCCGUCUUGAGCUUUUGCACCAGUGUGCAGAACUUUGCACUGCAGACACUGGUGUGUUUCCACGAGAUCUCUCCUUAUCAGAACUUGUUUGGGAUGCCACUGCCCAAGCAGCAUCGAAUGCUCUGCAGUCCUUCCCAAUAGAAUCUGCUCGUGAACGCGAUGGCUCUGUAUCCCGUGACUUCGACAACGUUAUCAAGAUUCUCUCGCCCGGUCUUGCAUUUCCAUCUGCAUUCGAGGAGUGGUCCCAGUUGCUCGAUUCUUUCGUACAUGUGGUGCGAACCGAGAAGGGAACUCAGGUUAUUGCUGCGAUGAUCGUAGAGCCCAUGGCCGAACGCAUCAUGCGCCUCCCAGUUGCAAAUACCUAUCUGCCUUUAAAAUCAUUGUUUGGCCACUCGUCAUCAAUUUCUUUCCUCCAAGGCACUGGACUGGGGAUCAAUCCCGGGGUCGGUCAGUUGCCUGGCCCCGCCGCUUUUCCCUACAAGUUCCUCGAAUCAGUCUCCCGAACGCUGUAUAGUGCAUACGAUGAGUUUGGCGCGUCCGCAAGCGGCAAUCUUGCGGAAUUCAUUGAGGCAUUGGCUUCGUUCUUGGGAACUGGUGUCCCGCAGUUCCAGUGCCAGGUGCUCCAAAAUCUUCAAGCAUCCAUGGGAGCCUGGUUGAGAGAUGAGCUUCCCGAUAACAUCUUUGAUAUGAAUCAGGGUGCUGGCAGCAAAAUCGACCACGCACGUCUUGCGCUCUCUACGUCUACUCUCAAUGUUCUACAAACAUUGGCCCCUCAUGAUCCGGCCUCUUUGAAGAACUUCGAACCUAUUCUCGUGGCCGGUUUUGAGUCUUCCCACCUAGCGGUCACAAAGAAGUUCGUUGAUUUCUGGAAAUCCAGCUCUGCCUCACAGGACUUUUCCCUAUACCCGGACAGUUUAAAGCAAGCUGUGCAAACCGCCGAUUCUAGGAUUCACAGUCUGGCCUCGCCUGUUGAAAAUGACGACAUGGACAUUGAGAUAGUACCUCCAAAUCUUCCUCAAGGCUCGACCGAUCUUCCAGCAAAUGGCUUCGAUAAUGUGGCUCAACCGGCGCGUGAUUCAGAACCUAGCUCAUCUCCUGUCGAGCAGACUGAAACCGUCAUGUCCAAAGGAAUCGAACAAGUGACUGAACCUCAGUUGCCGAACAACUUCCAGCAAGAAGCCGCUGAUGGACAAAUCGAGAAUGCUAUCACAGCAUCUCGUAAGCGCCUCACUCGCCGAGAGAUGUUUUCUAUGAUUGAAUCCAUCCAAUCGUCCUCCCCAGCAGCCACCCCUCGCAAGCUGGGCUUCAAUACCCCUCCCCAUCUGCGCAGAAUUCACCCUGGUGAAUCGGCACCGGAUCUUCUCUUAACGCCCACUCUAGCGCCCGCUGAAAAUGAAGAUGGAUUCUUUGGUUCGUCUCCUACGCCUGGAACAAGGGAUCCAACCCCCACCGCAAAGUCCAAUUUGCCCGGUCAUGUUUCUCAAAAUGUUACAAGCAGCCAAGAGGCCGAUCCUCCUUCCUCUCCGCCCGAAAUUAGCUCUCGAAGCCCAAGCCCCCAGAAGAGCAAAAAUCUCAAUCGAAAAUUACGGCGGAAGGCUGCGAAGGCAAGGAAGGCUCUUAUCGGCAAUUCGGCCAUACAGUCAACGGUGAACAGCCCGGCUACUUCUCGCCUUGCCACCGAACACGACACUGCAAGCACCAGUGUGGACGAUGUCAAUGGUGAAGACAACAAUAAAGAGAAUGCCGACUCAACCCCUCGGCCGAACACGGAAACUCCUGGCAGGCGCCUCCGAUCUGCAAGGGGCAAGGAGUCGGAACUAGUUCCAGAGCAAUCGCCUGCACAACAACUCGACUCCCCUGACAGAACACCCGUUCCGAAACCCCGCAACAGCAAGUCUGGCCCCGGUUCCUGUGCCAAGAAGAAGCAGAACAGUCCCAAGUCUGCACAAGAGCCAACUCCGCAAGCUAUGGACGAGUCUUCUGACGCACAAGUUGAUAUCAUGGACUCGAGCGAGGAAACGGAAACACAGAUUGCGUCUCAACUUGGACUAGACCUUGAGCUCGCCGUCGUAGUGGACGAUAGACCUCAAACAAACCCCACCAGACCGGAGGAGCCCUCUUUGCGGAAGAGAAAGCGAGAUGAAGACAAACCCCCGACAUCUGCUACCAGAAACGACAGGCGUCGCUCAACGCGACUGUCUACCGCCCAAGAAACCCUCAAUGUCGAGGCUCCAAAAACCGAGGAACAGCGCUCACACAGUCCCGCAACCUCUACUGUCAGUCAAAGCGUCUCGUCUAUCAAAUCAAUGUCGCCCGCUGCGACGCGUCGGUCGGCUCGUAAUUCUCAAAGAAAGGAAAGCAUGAAUCCCCAACCCGAGCCUGUUUCCACGAGUCAGAAGUCCCCUGCCACGGAGGUUGCCAAUGACGAGACACCCCGACCAUCCAAGAAAUCACGCAAAUCUUCCCGUAUCGGGGAUCUGUCUAUUUCAGGCUUCCAUGGGGAGAUCGAGCCUCUGAGUGCCUCUCGAAGUAGUUCGCGCAAAACGCGUUCUCAACAAGACACGAUUGAUUCCAAGCCCCUGGCUCAGCCUCAAUUUUCUCUUUCCUCGCCGGAAGAAAGGAAGGGACGCGUCGAUCUGUCACACGAGAGCAUGGAUGUGGACAUUGUCCCUGAAAGCCUCAUAGACGAAAAGGCAGCGAUACAAAUCAUUCCUCCUGUCUCUACCGAAGAAGCAACUGAUUCCCAGGUCUCUGAGAUUGAGCAAUCGAUUGGAGAUGGCCCAAGCGAACCAGAGACAAAAUUGGACUUGGUGAUGGGCACCGAAGAAGCUGAAGCCGAGACUGUCAACGAUACACUCGAGCAAGCCACCUCUCUUGCCACUGCAAGCACCCAAACCCAAGAGGAAUCAGCCACUCAAUCCCUUCCAGAUGUCACCGAAACCGGCAUCACUCGAUCCUUGAAGAAUAUCUUGGGCGACAUGCAACUAGCGACCUUGGGUCCCGAUGCCCUCCGCGAGGUCGAUGAUCUUCUUUUCAAUAUCCGUGUCCAAGCACAUGAUGCAUCACGGCGACACCAUACUUAA